AUAAAUGGACAAACUUCCUAUGUGCACAAGGGUGAUAGAACAGUCUAUCGUAUAAUCGAGUUUGUUAAGCGAGCGCAUGGCCCAGCAGUUAAAAAACUUCUUAAUGGUGAACAUUUAACCAAAAUUAAAAGUGAUCGAAAUGGGCAAUCCUUUUUUGUUUAUUUUGGACAGAGUUCUCCAUUAAAGGAGAUCAUAAGUUUAAUUGGCAGUGAGAAUACAUCUUCGGGAAUCAUAGUUGUAUUCAAAGAUGAUGGGGCUACUUUAUAUUCUGGUUCAAGUUAUGAUAUUUUGCCGCCAACCUUUACUUUUGCUUAG